CAAAAUCAAAGUCCACUGUUCUCUGACACAGACUCUACUCCUUCCGCGGCUUUAUCCGCAGAUCAAGAACAGAGCAAAUUCAAUACGCGGAGAAGAAUAUAUUAUCACAAACCCACUACCACCGCUUCCAAAAUUUCAAUCUGGGUCCUCCAUUGAAGCUUUCUAUAUGUUCUUUGCCAUUUUGCUUUUUUUUCCAGCAUAACUUUUUUUUUGCUCUGUUUCUGACAGAGCUUGUCUGGGUCUCUGAUUUCGUUUGAUAAAAAUCCUUAAUAUUUUUUUUUUUCUCUGGGGUUGCUGGUGGGUGCCUUAGAAGCAUGUGGAGUAUUAUUCUUUGUCUCCCAAACAAAGGCACAUAUUGAAUUCUUUUUGGAUCUGCGAGGCGUGAUCUUGGGGAUGGGUCUGUGUUGGGGGACCUGCCAUUGGUACAGAACGGUGCAUGUCCUCCUGUAGUUCUCUCUUUUGUUUUGUAGCUUCUUUUUUACUUGAGAGUACUUGCUAUAAGUGGUGCACAAAAGAGUGUACUUUUGUUAGUCAGCUUGUGCUAGUUCAGUUCUGCUUAUAAAGAUAGGGAGAGAAAAACAAAAAUGGGAUCUGGUAAUGGAAUUCACUCGGUUGGAGAGUUUAGUUUGGAUGCAAAGUGGCUGGUGGAUCCUAAGCAACUUCUUGUUGGGCCGAAGAUUGGAGAGGGUGCGCAUGCCAAAGUGUACAAGGGACAAUAUAAAAACCAAACCGUUGCUAUUAAAGUUGUUCAUAGAGGAGAGACCCCAGAAGAGAUCGCCAAGAGAGAAGCGCGGUUUGCCAGAGAGUGUGCAUUGUUAUCCAGAGUUCAGCACAAGAAUCUAGUGAAGUUCAUUGGCGCUUGCAAGGAACCUGUCAUGGUGAUAGUAACUGAGCUUCUAUUGGGCGGGACCUUGCGUAAGUACUUGUUGAAUAUGCGGCCAAGGUGCUUGGAUAUGCAUGUGGCAGUAGGUUUUGCACUUGAUAUUGCCCGGGCAAUGGAGUGCUUGCAUUCCCACGGGAUCAUUCACCGGGAUCUGAAACCUGAGAACUUGAUCUUGACUGCAGACCACAAAAUAGUUAAACUUGCAGAUUUUGGUUUAGCUAGAGAAGAGUCAUUAAUAGAGAUGAUGACUGCUGAAACGGGGACAUAUCGUUGGAUGGCUCCAGAGCUUUACAGCACAGUCACACUAAAGCAUGGGGAGAAGAAGCAUUACACUCAUAAGGUGGAUACCUAUAGCUUUGCAAUUGUGUUGUGGGAGCUCAUCCACAAUAAAUUGCCUUUUGAAGGCAUGUCAAAUCUACAGGCAGCAUAUGCAGCUGCAUUUAAGAAUGUGAGGCCCAGUGCUGAAAACCUCCCUGAGGAUUUGGCUUUGAUCGUGACUUCAUGUUGGAAAGAGGAUCCUAGUGCUCGACCCAACUUCAGCCAAAUUAUACAGAUGCUUUUGCACUAUCUCUCAGUCAUUUCACCACCGGAGCCUGUCCUCCCUCCUCGUAUGUACAGUUCUGAGAAUACUGUGUUUCCACCAGAAUCUCCUGGUACUAGUUCCUUAAUGCCAGCAAGACAUGGCUCGGGGGAGACCCCGACGGCCGGCAUGGAAGAGAAACCUAUAAGUUUUUUCAGUUGCUUUAGACAGUGUUACUGAUCCCAGAUUAUUGUUAGGCAAAGCUCAAUAAACUAUAGUCUGAAACAUUACAAAAAUACUUCAUCUUACCUCAAAAGAAAUGUUAAUUUGCUCAAAGUUAGUCAGUUUAGUUGACAUAGGAGACCAUGUUGGAGCUGAUGUUACAGUCAAAACUUUCCUACCCCCUUCACAUUGAUUUCAGUUUGUCCAAGUCUUGGAGUUGGGGUUGCUGAGAUGUAGUCUCAUUGUAAAAUAAGGGUCAUCCAAAGGCCUUUUACUCCUACUGGUUUGCAAAAAGUCUUCCAGAAUAUGUAAUGACUGUAAACAAUCAAGUGUUAGUGAAUUGUAUCAUAUUUAGUAAUAAGACCAUGCAUUCUAAUUAAA